UGCUGCCGCACGCGUGCAGACAACUCACGAGACCUCCGUUCAAAGAAGUCAUUUUUGCUGCCGCGCAUCGUAGAUCUUCAACCAAUGCCCGUUGUGGGUAUGCGCCACAGCCACUUUAGUGAACAACAUCUUCAACGACGAGUGGUAACGCCAUGCCGAAUGUGCGAAGAGGUGUUCUGCGUCGGAUGCGAGGCGCCGAAGUCGCCGGCAUCAACUGGCGUCCGACGCUUUUCGCCGAGGAAUUCCUGCACCCGCACGCCUGCUGCCUGUGCCAAGUGAUCCCCAAGAACACCAUAUUGCUGCCGUGUUCUCACGCCCUGUGUGAGACGUGCGAGCGAGGCAGCCAGCGGAGGAACGGCUCCGGAGGCGUUUGCCCGCUUUGCGGGGAGUCGUUCGAAGAGGACGAGUGCCAGCCCAUCAAGCUUUCCCCGAAGAAGGCGAGCAGCCUCAAGGCUUACUGUUGGAACCACGCUCAAGGCUGCCGAUUCGUCGACGUGCUGCCGGCCGUCCUCCUGCACUACGAGCAAGAGUGCAACUACCACUCGACGUCAUGCCUGGGUUGUGGCGAGAACGUCCUGCACCGAGACCUACCUAGGCACUACAAGGCCGGCUGCCGUCGCCGCAAGCUACCCGCCAAGUGGAGGCACGUGGGGCAAGGGGACACAGGGGGCGCUGCGGGCGACUGCAGCGCCGCCAUCCCCGAAGAACCUAAACCCGUCGUGGACGACGCCCAGCUGUCGGCCCUGCGGAGCCAGAUGAACGAGCUGACCCGCCAGAUGCGAGAGCUCGGCCAGGCGCUGGAGAAGGCGUCCGGAACCCUGGCGGACGUCGAGCUUGGGCUGGACAGCGAGCUGUCCGAAGCCUUGGAGAAACUCUCGGUGGUGUCCGGCGAAUCGGCCGACUCCGGGAAGCGCGUGCGCCUGACGUCUGAGUCCUCGGUGGCUUCGUCAGAUCUCGCGAGUAGCGACGCGGGUGGCCAUAAGCGAGCCGGACAAGGCCCACAGGUAACGCAGGCUGCUCCCGCGGACCAGGCGAGUCGGGAAGCCAAUGCCAAAGCCGACGCCAAAGCGGAAGUCAAAGCCGAGGCUAAGAUUGUCAAGAAGAUCGCGAUGCCUUGGGCCUUGGAGGAGAGGCACAUCCUUCGCAAGCUGGAGAUCAUAGCAAACCAGUCGCUCCACUAUCUGGAAAGCCUGCGCCAGGGAGCUGCUCGUCCCGAAGCUGCGAUGACGUGCUACGAGCUCGUUCCCCUGGGAUCGAACGACACGGUCGACGCGAAGCUGUGCCCGAUCCCACGCUGCAGCCGGAUGCCUCGCCACGCUGUCUAUCGCUUCAGCGCCAAGGGCGUCGACGAGCUGUUGAAGCCCGGCGUGUACGACCUGAAGGUCGCCGGCGUUGGGACGCGUUGGCACAAGCGAGUGCUGUUCUUCACCGUCAUCCUCGGGUCGCGCGUGUCUGAACGCAGCUUGGAAGUGUUCGUCAAGUGGGGUCGCACCCUGGACGUUGACCGUCAGCCGCCCCAGAUCGUGAAGGUGGCGUUUGUCCACCGCGAGUUCGCCAGGAACCGCGCCUUGGAGAGGGCAAGCACACUGCCCCUGGAUGCCGUUUUCCUUCCGGGAUUCCAUUUGAGAUACAAAACGAGCUUCGCGGAUCUGAAGGAGGACAACUUCAUACAAAACGGAGAGCUGAAGAUCGAAUUGGCCAUAGGGGACUAGACCGCCUGUUCCAGCGAUCGGCAUCACUUGCAUACUCGUAGAUAGAGUAAUGCACGUUCCACUCUGUAUGCUCAGUUUACUUUUGCCGAAGAGCUGGCUCAUCCUUGCAGUCAUUAUAUUAUCAUUGCUGAAAUUAUCUUGUAAAGUACAAGUUGCCGCUUUUGGAUGGACUUCAACUUCAACUCACACUCACUUCUUUUCUUUAUUGUUGUAAAGUUCGUUGCCGCUUUUGGAUGGACUUCAACUUCAACUCACACUCACUUCUUUUCUUUAUUGCAGCAAUAAUGGACUCUGCGGCUCUCAAUUUUAUAACAAUUUUUCUUCACUUGAAUAAAGUUGAGAACUUGGC